AACUAGCAUUUAGGGGAUGAGAGAGAGAGAGCACCACAUUUGUUCAUGAUACUGUUUGAAAACAGGGGAACUUGUCCAAAAAUAGCCUGGCAGGAGCAAGGUCUAAAGUGAGGAGAAGCGCCCCCUGGCCCCAUCACAUGGCCUACAUGCCUGGAGCACCAGGAGGACAAAGGCGUUACAAACAAGAAGAUGAGCGUUCAACAUCUGGUGCACAAGGAGAAAGGAAGCAAAAUAAACAGAAGCAAGAAAACAAAGACCCUGAGCUUGUGGCAGAGACAUACGGGAAGAGAGAGGCAGAUGUCUAUGUUAAGAAUAAAAAGAAAAGGGAAGAAGAAAGAGGGAGUGAAGGACAUUGGGAUUGGGAGGAAAGAGAAACGGUGACUAAAACCAAAGAAUACAGUUCAGGUGAUGGUGAUGAUGAAACGGGUAGCGAGGAAAUAGAGGAAGACUUUGAGAUGGAGAGGGAGCGAGAGAGACUAGAGAUGGAAAGAGAACGGGUGGAGCUGGAACGAGAAAGAGAAGAAGAACUGAAAAGAGAAAGAGAGAUGGAUCAGGAGGAAAAGGAGGAGAGAGAGAGACAGUUACAGAGACAAAGAAUAGAAUGGGAAAGGCAAAGAGAGAAAAUGGAGAGAGAGAGGAUGGGCGAGGUGGACCGAGAGGAAGACAUUGGCCCUCAUAUUUCCCAUUGUGAUUAUCUUAAGGGGCCUCAAGGUGAAAAUGGAAAACCAGGCCCUAAGGGGGUGAUUGGAGAGAAAGGCCAAAAGGGCGAGCCUGGAACUGGACACCGUGGACCCAAUGGUCAAGCAGGUCCACCAGGACAAAAGGGUGAACCAGGAGAACCAGGACCACCUGGAGCUCAGGGCAUCCAAGGUAUCCGUGGAAAUCCUGGAAUCCCUGGGACACCGGGUCUAAGAGGCCAACCGGGUGACCCUGGAGAAAUGGGUAGAAAGGGUGAGAGCGGAAAAAGAGGGAAAAAUGGCUCACCUGGCCCUCCAGGUGCAACCGGUCCCAUAGGACAGCUGGGUCCACCUGGUCCUCCUGGGGUCAAAGGUGAGAAGGGUGACAGUAUACCAGGAGAACCAGGUGACAGAGGAAUUUCUGGGCUACCAGGUCGCAGGGGAGCCAAAGGCAUUGAUGGUACAAAAGGUCCUCCAGGACUAAUGGGUCCUAGAGGCCUCAGUGGUGUGAAAGGAGAAAAGGGUGACAAAGGUGUCACAGGGAACAGAGGAGAAAAGGGUAGCCCACUCUCCAUGCCAGGCCCACGAGGAUUCAAAGGCCUUAAAGGAGAAGCAGGUGAGCGUGGGCUUCCAGGAUUUGAUGGAGAUAAAGGAGAAAAAGGUGAAGAUGGGCCACCUGGUGCAAAGGGCCUGAAGGGUGAGGCUGGUACCAAAGGGGGCAUGGGGCCAUUUGGUGCACGUGGUCCAGUUGGGCAAAAGGGGGAUCCAGGGGAGUCAGGUAUCAAUGGAGAAAAGGGUCGAAAUGGAGGCGAUGGAUUGGAUGGUGAGGUCGGUGAAAAGGGAGAUAUGGGCCUGCAGGGUCGAAAGGGAAAUCAGGGUGAGAAAGGUGAUCCUGGUUUACCUGGUGAUACAGGAAUUAAAGGAGAGAAGGGCUUCAGAGGUUUCCCUGGACGUAUUGGGAGCCCAGGACUGGAUGGGGAACGGGGUGACUCUGGGGACCCCGGAGCACACGGCAUUCCUGGACUAAAUGGCAUCCCAGGACGAAAGGGAGAAAAAGGCAAUAGUGGUGAGAAUGGCCUUGAUGGAGCUCCUGGACAGAAAGGGGAUAAGGGGACGACUGGUUUUCCAGGUUUCGCCGGAUUUAAGGGAUCUUCUGGUGCACCUGGAGCUGCUGGUUCUCCGGGUCGGCCUGGUCCAGUUGGACCCAAAGGAGAAAUAGGUCCAAAGGGAGAAAAGGGGAAGAGAGGCAGAGGAAAGGCCUGUCAAAGAGGACCACCUGGAAUUCCUGGUCUUAGAGGCUUGGAUGGGGAAUCAGGAGCCUCGGGCACAAAGGGAGAUAAAGGCGAGCCAGGACUCAGUGUGGAAGAUGUGAAGGAUUUAGUGUCAAAGGAGGUGGUGGUGAAGUGUGGUAAGAAUUAUCUCCUCCUGGUGAAUACAAAUGAUCCAGACGAAGGUAGCAUCCUGAGAGAUGAGAGAGUUGCUGAGGAAUCUCCCCAUCCUUUGAUGCAAACCCUCUCCAAAGUGUGGGCUGAAGAUAUGGAAGUUUCUGAUUCUGAGCCAACAUUAACAUAUGGUAACAUUACAAGAGCCGACGCACGGAGAGAUGGAGGAGAAUAUAAGAAGAGACGCGCACUCCACACAGACCCGGCCACAGAUCUGUGCCUGGAACCCAUGUCUGAGGGACUUUGCACCGAAUAUGUCCUGCUCUGGUACUACUAUGCAAAUUCAGGAGAGUGUCGUCCCUUCGUGUACGGUGGCUGCGGAGGGAAUAGAAAUCGCUUCAACUCCAAACAGGACUGUGAGGGUCGAUGUGUUUUGGGUAGGAGAGAUUCUGGAUCCUGAACAGGAAAAGCGUGCUAUUAACAACAAAAUUCUAUUGUAAACUAACAUUUAUACCACUUAAAUAAUAUUUUUGCACAUUUUUGUAUGUAUAUCAGUUAUCAAAACAGUCUUUUUCACUUUUAAUUGACAAUGUUUAUAACACAUCAUUUUGCACUGUUUUAGUGAUACACUCUCUACAAUGACUACUGUUUUUCUAUGCUUGUUAACCGAGGUCAUGAUUUCAAGAAUAUAAUGCACUAUUAAUGGGGUAAUUCACCCAAAAAUAACAAUUCUGUCAUUACCGCUCAACCUCAUAUGACGCCAGAAUUUUCCUUUUUGGGUGAACUGUCUCUUAUAAUAAUAAUAAUGAUAAAUUGUAUUCAUGGCCUAGUCAAAGUUGCAUUUUAUUACCCUUUACCUUUGGUUCAUUUUGCACUAUAGCUCUGUUAGGAAAUGUUUAUGGUGGACAAUGACUUUUUAAAAAUAAUAUAUGAUUUAAUAAAAGUGACCUAAACAUGUAUUUUUGAAUGGGUUGCUUUAAGGAGGACGGGAGGUGUGUGCGUGAGAAGAUUUUCACAUCGUGACCUCUGAUUUUGGACAGUGAUCUUUGAGCUUGGCUCUGUGGUGUGCAUAAAUGCUGCCAUAUUGGCUUUUCUUCAACCGUGUUUGUCGAGUCGUGUCUGGACAGUGUUUCCUGGGGGCAGGCGGAGAAUGUGUGUGCGGGUUUUGCAAUUUGUGGGUGGCUUAUAUGAUCAGUUUUUUUGUGUGUUUUCUCCUUUUUAUUGAAUCUUUUUUCAUUUUACCAGUUGUAUCCCCCCAACAAUACCUGUUUAUAAUCUCGAACCAAUCUGCUUGCCGUUUGCGUCCCCAUGAUUUUCGAUCAUUACAUAUGUCCCAGUUAUGGGGUGCCAUGUAUUGGGCUUUAGUCCAAUUUACAGCACAUUGAGAAGUCAGAGGACAGGACGCCCUUUACAGUGUUUCUUAGGGGAUUCCUGAGUGCUUUUACAUUUAUGCAUUUGGCAGGUACUUUAAUCCAAAAAUGACUUGCAGUGCAUUGAAGCACUCAUUACAUGUAAACCUGCUUAACACCUGUUGAAUUUAAUAUUUAAUGAGAAGUCCUUUAACAUAAAUAAGCUACAUUAUCAUCUAGUGUAACGCACAAUGUUUACAAGCCUCUUAUAAGGCCUCU